AAAAAACACACACAUAUACUAAAAAAAACCAAAUCAUGAAACAUACUUCAAGAUUUCCUCAAUCUGAGGAAAAACAACACACACAUUUCCAUUUUCCUCACUGAAAAAGUUUCUUGAAACUCCUUCACAAAUUCAAGAAGCCACUCACCCACUAACCCCACAAUGUCAUCUUCACAAUCAGAAAAACAAACCCUUUUCAUUGCUUCACUCAUCAUCUUCUGGUACUCUUCCAACAUUGGUGUCCUUCUCCUCAACAAAUUAUUACUCUCAAACUAUGGUUUCUCUUUCCCUAUUUUCCUAACAAUGUGUCAUAUGUCAGCUUGUGCUGUUCUCAGCUAUGUUUCCAUUGUUUUCUUAAAGAUUGUACCUUUUCAGAGGAUCAAAUCAAGGUCUCAAUUUUUAAGAAUUGCUACUCUUAGUAUUGUCUUUUGUGGGUCUGUUGUGGGUGGGAACAUUUCUUUAAGAUACCUUCCUGUUUCAUUCAAUCAAGCUGUCGGUGCAACGACGCCGUUUUUCACAGCUUUGUUUGCUUAUCUGAUCACUCAGAAGAGGGAAGCUUGGAUUACUUAUGGUUGUCUUGUUCCUGUGGUUACUGGUGUUGUGAUUGCUAGUGGGGGUGAGCCAAGCUUCCACCUUUAUGGAUUUAUCAUGUGUAUAGGUGCAACUGCUGCUAGAGCUUUUAAGUCUGUUCUUCAAGGAGUCCUCCUUUCCAAUGAAGGGGAAAAGUUGAACUCCAUGAAUCUACUGCUUUACAUGUCGCCAAUUGCUGUUCUAGUUUUACUGCCUGCAACACUCAUAAUGGAGCCCAAUGUGAUAGAUGCCACUAUUACACUUGCUAUAGCACAUAGAUACCUGGUCCUGCUUAUUUUGAUCAAUUCUAUAAUGGCAUAUGGGGCCAACUUGUUAAAUUUUUUGGUAACCAAGCAUACUAGUCCAUUGACACUUCAGGUCCUAGGGAAUGCCAAGGGUGCUGUGGCUGUUGUGAUCUCAAUACUUCUUUUUCGCAAUCCUGUUACUUUUAUUGGCAUCGCAGGCUAUGCAAUGACCGUCAUGGGGGUUGUUGCAUAUGGGGAAUCCAAGAGAAGAAUCAAAUGAGCUUAGACACAGGCUUCUUUUCUAAAGUCGUGAGUCCCCAGUUUUGUUUCUUGAACAUUUGAUGCACGGUAGAGUUGGUGAUAGAUGGAUCAUCAUUGCAAUGUAAUGAGCGGACGAUAGAUCAAGAGAUGAAAUGGAAAAAGGGUCAGGGGGCUGGGGAAUCAUUUCCUUUGUCCCAUUUGUCCAACAUGAUAGGAUGUAUGCAGUUGUAUCGGUUUCUCUGUUGUUGCACUAACAUUUUAGGGGAUCGGGUAUGGGAACUAUUAAAAUUAUUCUCUUAUAUUCUUUUGCAGACGUGAUAGGAUGUAUGUAUUUGUAUCAGAUGAUAUGUUAAAAUAGAGCAUUUUAAUCUCUUGA